UUGGCGCUGAGAUUUGAAAACUUGAAUGCUAUUGGUCUAUUUCAACUUUGCUUUUACGCGUGCAUUCUUGCGGUGUAGAGUGUUACAACUUCAAAAGCAUGGUUGUUGUUAGUGUAAACAUCUCGUCGUGGGAUUUAAUAUUUUGCGGUGGAUUCUACAAGUUCUAAACAACUUUGGAGAAAUACCCCAUGUCUUACAAAGUAGCCGUGCAAUGGUUGGCUUUAAGUUGGUAUGGGUUGUCUACUUAGCCCAAGUUUUGGCGACUUGUCAAGUUUGUUUUGCUCUCGUCAUGACAAACAAUUGCACGGAUACUGAGGACAACGUAAUUCCCUGCAACAUUUCGGCACCGUAUGCUUGUAUUUAUGAGACAGGCUCAGUGAAGAAGAUAGUCAACGAAGGCAGCAACGAAAUCCUGGAGUGUAACAUCAACUACCCUGGUGGUAAAUUUGUGGACAAUAUGAUCGAAUGGAAGAAGGAAGGGCUGGAACAAGCGAUCUUUGCACAGUUUGAGGGAUUCACGCCGCAUGUGGAUGCCCAGUACGCGGGAAGAAUCAGUCUGGUAGAGCAAGCAUCUAUUGAGAUCAGCAGUAUCCGACAGAGCGACGCGGGCUGGUACAUGUGCAAAGUGAUCUUCUUGGACUCAGAUAAAGAAGAGAACAGGACCAAGAUCUACCUGCAAGUCAACUAUCCUCCACGUAUCACCAACAGUUCCACACCAACCCUCAUUCACAAGCGCGGGGACAGCGCCUCCUUGUUCUGUGAGGCAUCAGGGAUGCCGACGCCCACCGUGUCCUGGACCAAGAAUGGCGAACCUCUCAUGGACAGCGUGGGCAGGAAGACUGUGGACGGCAACAGAAUAGAGAUUGUAGAUUUACACCAUGAAGAUGGCGGGGUGUAUGUGUGCACCUUCACCAACUCUAUCAGUCAGGUCAGCCAGAGCAUCAAGCUGGUCGUAGAAGUAUUCCCUGAUUGA